AUGUUAUCGAGAACGAUCACCCGAUGUAAAUUGCUAGGGUCUGUAAAAGAAAGUCUAGCAUUGAGAUUACGUCCAAUUCAUACGACUGCCAUCGUACAAAAAGUGCGCAAAAAUGAGAAUAAAGAUAAGAAAGUCGAUGCGGCGAUGCAUCACGCUGCACAAGUGGCCUCAAAGAACGAAUUUGUCAGCGGAGCUUUAAAAGAAAUGGAUGAUUGUGACAAAAUUUUAGAAGACGAACUCGGGAAGCGAUUUUCAUUUAGAAUUGAUACACGGAUCUACGAGGAUAUUCUUGUGCCGACAAAUGAAAAGGAACUUGCUCGUCUUGGUAACAUUGCGAGAAUUUCCGUUAAAGAAAGGACGGUGAGUAUAAACAUGUCUCAGUCGCCAACACUCAUCAAAGAAGCAAAACUAGCUCUACAGAAAUCCGGAGCCGUAGCUUCAGCAGUGCAACAAGAAGGUGUCUGUUUAUAUAUUCAGGUUCCACGAAUGAGUCGUGAAAGACGAGAACAACUUGCUACGGAUGCCGAGAAAAUUGUCUUCAAUCAAUACAAGGAUGAGUUGAACAAGAUUUUUGCAAAAUGGGAUAAGAAAGCCACAGCAAGUUUGAAGACGAAUGAUGAACGAGUUUACACAAGGACACAAUUAUUGGACCUCAAAAAGGUAAGAGAGGCAAAAGCUCAUGGCGUUGUCAAAGCAAAAGCAGCCGAACAUCUCCGAGAAGUCAUA